AUGAUGUGCAGCUCCGAUCAUUUCGCCAGUAAUAAUCACUUGUACCUUCAGCACAAUCACCAGAGGUUACCGGGGACUGGGGUCGUGGAGGCCUGCGAUCUCGAGAGGAUCCGGCACGAGCAGAGCCGGCAUGGCCAGGAGGCGGAGGAGCACCGGUCGGACCCGAGCGCGGCGCUGACGACGUACCUGACCUUCCUGGAGCACAAGGUCGGGCAGCUCCGCGGGAUCCUCUGCUCCGCGCCGCGCCACCCGCAGCAGCAGCGCGCCAUCGUCUCCGCCGAGCUCCGCUGCAUCAUCGUGCAGCUCUCCUCCAUCGCCAACGACCUCGCAUCCGACUCCGGCGCCGGGGCGGCGGACGUGGCCCCGUACGAGCCCAGCGAGGAGAGGUCGCCGUCGCUCUCGGACGCCACGCACGACGACUCCGACGACCACGCCGGGGCUGACGACGGCGGGGAGGAGGAGGGGGAGGGGCCGUACGAGGUGGUGCAGAUCGAGAAGGAGGCGAUCCUGGCGCCGCACGCGCACUGCUGCAAGGUGUGCGGCAAGGGGUUCAAGCGCGACGCCAACCUGCGCAUGCACAUGCGAGGCCACGGCGACCAGUACAAGGCGCCCGGCGCGCUCGCCAGGCCCGGCUCGCCGGCGCCGGGGGCGGGGACGGAGAGGCGCUUCUUCUACUCGUGCCCCUACGCCGGGUGCAAGCGCAACAGGGAGCACCGGGACUUCCAGCCGCUCAAGACCCCCGUCUGCGUCAAGAACCACUACCGCCGGAGCCACUGCGACAAGAGCCACGUCUGCUGCCGCUGCGGCGUCAAGCGCUUCUCCGUGCUCGCCGACCUCCGCACCCACGAGAAGCACUGCGGCCGCGACCGCUGGGUCUGCUCCUGCGGCGUCUCCUUCUCCAGGAAGGACAAGCUCUUCGCCCACGUUGCCAUCUUCGACGGCGGCCACACGCCCGCUCUGCCGCCCAGCGACGACGAAGCCACCGGCCACUGCACCGCCGCCACUGCCACUGCCACUGCCAUUAACAGUGUCCUUGUGCCCGGCUCCGGUGGGUUGCUCCCGACCGGUGGCGAGGAAGCAGUGAACCUGAUGGAACAGAGCUUCUCCGGUCAAAUGCUCGACGGUCUCAACUGCUCCGGCGCCAAAGUGGGCAUUGACGACGUCAGAGCAAAGCUCUCCUCCCCAGUCGGCAUUGACUUCUGUGACUUCGAUGGCUUCGACCUCUUGGGAGCAGUUGCAAUGGACUUCAAUUUCUGA